AUGUACAAAAGAAGAAAGCGACCACACCUCGCGUCUAAAGGCGGAGCCCAAAUCCAGACCUCGGUCACCCAAGAGGACAAACCUUCUUCGCCAUCAGCGGUUGAAAAGGCAGAUAAUGAUUUAUGCUCCCUGGAGCCAUCCACCUUGCCUCCUGUCGAGAUUGGACUUGGCCCGUCCUCGACUUUUGUCGAAGAUAAGCGUCACGAGCAGCAGGAAGACUCUCUGCCGUCUGAACCGAGAUAUUUUUACCCCUUCCCCCCUGUGAAACCUUUCUCUUAUGACACCACCCCCUUCAAAGCGAAAAUGAAGCAUACUUAUCGGGUUCAGUCGGAAAAAUCAACUUCGUCCAACCUUGAAACACCGAACUAUGAACAAAAAGUCAUUCCAUCUGUCAAUGUCAUCAGAAAGAGAAAUUACCAGUAUGCCUACCCACCGACCUUUUCUUCCGGGAACUCGAAAGCCAUCACGUCUUCUACUGUUGCGGAAAAGAUUCAAGAUGCUGAUUGGACCGAGAAGCCAACCGCUUCGCAGCCCAGUGACAAGAAACCCAGCCGGAGUUCCACCAUCCCUGAAAAAGAAGGCAUCAGUCCAGCUAGGUUGGAAGUGGCCACGAUUCCUGCAGGUGUCAUCGAGGAUGCAAUUAAAAGACUGAAGAUUGCAGAUGUGCAAGCUGCACAUUCUUCGUCAUCCACUGAUCCCACCGUGACUCGAGCUGUAGCAGAUCUAGCUACUAGUGUGGACAAUCCUGAUGUUGAUGCAGGGAGUGAUCCUGCACCAAAUGAUACUCCAAGUCCGGAUGAUAUCUUCUACGUCCCCUCAGAGCAGCCCGAACGUACGCCCGAAGCCGAGACUGAGAACGUGUGCAAGUUAGAAGAGGAGGACUUUGAGUAUUACUACCCACGGCUGAUCUCUCAUACUUAUGCCGAGUACGAUGAUAAGGAAUGGGUGGAUGUGAUGGCUUCUAAGGAUUGGGAGGACCAUGAGAGCUACGCUUGA